CCUAAAGCUGAAAAAACCCUGGCUGAAAAAAAUGGAAAUUGCCCUGGAUCUGUGCAUCAAACUUCAAAUGUGUGCAAAGGGCAUUAAGGAGCUCCACUGUUGCAUGACAACCCUUGGAAUGAUUUCUUGAAAGCUCUAGAAUGCCUGGAUGCUUUAAAAAAAUCCUAUUCUCCUUGGCAUCGGUGGUCAGUUUUGUGUCUUUCCUGUUAAUCGUUAUUUCCAUGGGAACUCAGAAAUGGGUGACCGGCAAAAUUCUGUGUCAGACUGGGGUUGAUCUGGUCAAUGCAUCAGAUCCGGAGCUGGUAAAGUUCAUUGGAGAUAUUUACUACGGACUGUUCCAAGGGGGUAAGGUACGGCAGUGUGGAUUAGGAAAGAGGCGGUUUAAGUUCUCAAUCUUCCCACAUAUGGUAAAAAAACUGAACACCUCACUCCACGUCUUCAUUAUCCUCUUCCUUUGCUCAGCCAUAGCAUUUGCUCUGAUCAGCUUUGGAUUCUGCAUAUACAACGCAAUCAAAGUUCCGUAUCGAUCCAUUAAAGGACCCGCUGGGAUUUGUCUCUGGAAUUUGAUAGCAGGUCUGUUUAUUGUAUUUGCAGUCAGUAGCUUUAUUGCUGCAAUGAAACUUCACAGCCUAACGGAAAGAAUAGCCAAUUUCCGAGAAAAUGUUUUCACGAUUGUUAUUCUGGAAGAACACUAUGAGGACUCCUUUUGGCUGUGUGUUGCCAGCGGAGCGACGCACGCCUUUAACAUGCUGCUUAUGGCAAUGAGCAAUAUCCGUCUUCCGAAAUUCAAGACUAAAACACAAGAGGCAAAUGUGACGGCGGAGGAUAUCAUGUAUUAGCUAUACCAUAGACAAAAAGUUCUGUAAAUAUACGCUGUAUACAUAUUGUAUAUAUGGGAAUUCCUAUUGUGUUCCAAUCCUAUUAGAAGAAACCAGAAUGGGAUUAGAAGAAGCAGGGGAUAUCAUCCGGAGAAUGACACUGGAAUCAGGGGAAAAAUUGCUGCAUUCCGGGCAAAAAUCGUGGUGAUUGUGUUUGAAGUGGCACUUUGCUCACUGCACUUACGACCACUGCUAGUUAUUUUUAUAGCAUGCACCAGGAAAUACGAUAAAUCCUUGCCAGCAUAUAUAUUCCCCUUUACUAAGCAAACAUUUUUCAGGCAAGGUCAACUGCUGUUUAAAGGAGAACUAAACCCUAAAAAUAAAUGACCUUAUUGCACCAGGCUAAAGUUUCAGCUUG